GCAAAUUAUCUCCAUCAGCGAAUUAUUGCUUUACGAGACGUUUCUACUCGGUACGCGAAACGAUUAGUUUCUCCCUUUUUUUAUGGUGACAUUUGAUUAGAGAGCGGUUUUCGGUGAAGAUGAUGGAAUACAUGGAGGAUAAGUUUGCCUUGAAAAGCCAAGCGAUGAAGGCCAGCGAUUACUACAUGGAUCAAGUCAUGGAGAGCCUGGACAGCGCGCAGUACUUCACCAAGUCUUCCCCAAAAUGCGUGCAGGCCUUUGGGCUGCAGAGCGGCGAUCACCGCUCCUCUCCCUGCGCGGAGCAAAACGCCAGUUACAAUGUACCAAAAACAGACGAAGACACUUUGCACUCUGACCUCGGGAGGUCCUUGGACAAUUGUUGCACUCUGCGGGCGUCUCCGGUGACAACCGGCUCGGAGAAAACCGAUUUGGAUGAGAUGGGAGACAAGUGCGACAGUAACGUGUCCAGCAGCAAGAAGAGGAGACACCGGACGACCUUCACCAGCGCGCAGCUCGAGGAGCUGGAGAAAGUGUUUCAGAAAACUCACUAUCCAGAUGUUUAUGUGAGGGAACAGCUGGCAAUGAGGACGGAAUUAACAGAGGCUAGAGUGCAGGUGUGGUUUCAGAACAGAAGGGCGAAGUGGAGGAAACGAGAGCGCUACGGACAAAUCCAACAAGCCAAAACUCACUUCGCAGCCGCCUACGAUUUAUCAGUGCUCCCGAGGACCGACAGCUACACACAGAUCCCCAACAAUCUGUGGCCGAGCCCGGCUCCUGGCAGCUCUGUGGUCUCCUCUUGCAUGCUGCCCCGAGGUUCCCCUCCUUGUGUCACUUCCUACUCGCACUCCCCUCGUUCGGCUGCCACUGCUGCUGACCACGGCUACAUGGGCUUCCCCAAUCAGCAGAACCAAUUUGGCCACGUCUCACUCAAUAACUUCUUCAGCGCAGACUCACUUCUCACGCCGGCCAGUAACCCGCCUUUUGACGCCAAACCUGAGUUUGAGAGGCGUUCAUCCAGCAUCGCUGUGCUGCGCAUGAAGGCCAAGGAGCACACAGCCAACAUCUCAUGGGCCAUAUGAUUAGGGUUCCUGGAAAGCCUGGAUAAUGUGUGGAAAUUUUUUUUUCAUUUUCACUUUUUACAAAAUGUAAAAAAGUGAAAUCUUUUUUCUUUUUAAGUUGUCUGUCACUCUAAGUGAAGAUCUAACAAUCUUUUCUUUGCUCUACAGACUUGAUUUUACUGUCCUGCUAACUCAUGGUUCUGUGCUUAUUCUAAAAAUUAAUACACUCAAGCUAGGGCCAAAAAAUUUAAUUAGCCAAGACAAUUAAUGACAAUCAACUGUGUUGAACUAUUUGAAAGCUAUCUUUCAUCAGAUGGAACCAACACAUUCACAUCAUCCAGAGUUUCAGGGUAUUCUCCCCUGGAUUGAUUAGUCCACAAAAUGUUGUCCGCUCUGGUCAGAAGAGACAUUUAACGACCCUUUGUGAUCUGUAGGGGUGAAAACUGUGAUGUGCAUAAGCUUUGUCGUUGCUUUUUAACAGAGACCGGGCUCUCAGCAUUUCCUCUAGACUGAGACACAUGAAACAGCAAAAACCAAAGGCUGCAGUGGGACUUGGUACCACUGUGUGUACAAGUGGAUCCAGAGCGAGGGGUCCAAAACCACUUCAGUAUUUCCAAGCACUGUGAAUAGCUUUCUUUUACCUUUCAUCUUCCUCCCUGUCUCCGGACUGAAGAUGAGCAGAGCGGAGAAGAACUUACUUGGUGUACUAACUUGUCCGUGUGCUUUGCAGCAAAGCUCUGUAAUCUCUGUUUUCUGCCUUUGUUCUGUACCAAAGGAGGUAGUUUUUUUUAAAAUUGUGUUUGUGCUAUAAAUUUAUU